AUGCACACAAUCUCUGUUAAUAUAGAGGGUAUUGAGAAGGAAAUUUCUGCUUUACAAUCAGAGGAAAAAAAACUUGUUGCUGAAAUAAAAAGGACUGCUAAAACUGGAAAUGAGACAGCAACAAAAGUUCUAGCACGUCAGUUAAUCUGGCUUAGACAGCAAAUAGCCAACUUGCAAGGUAGUCGGGCCCAAAUGAGAGGUAUAGCGACUCACGCACAGGCAAUAUCUGCCCAAUCUUCGGUUGCUGCAGGCAUGAAAGGAGCCACUAAGGCUAUGACUGCUAUGAAUAAGCAAAUGGACCCUGCAAAGCAAGCGAAGGUGAUGCAAGAUUUCCAGAGGCAAUCAGCUCAAUUGGAUAUGACGACUGAAAUGAUGUCAGAUGCCAUAGAUGAUGCUAUAGAUGAUGACGACGAAGCAGAAGAGGAAACUGAAGAUUUGGCAAAUCAGGUCAUUGAUGAAAUUGGAAUUGAUGUUGCCUCACAGUUGUCAGCGGCUCCCAAGGGCAAAAUUGCUGGAAAAAGGACUGAGGAAUCAAGCAGGUUCGUCUUCAUUUUCUUCUGA